AUGUCGAGUGAAGACUUAAGUAAUGCUAAACGACGUAGGGUAGCAAGAGCCUGUGAUACGUGUAGAAGAAAAAAAGUUCGUUGUGAUGGCGUUCAACCUGGUUCCGAUCCACCGUCUUGUACAAAUUGUAAAGCCUAUGGUUACGAAUGUUCGUUUAUCGAUGCGCCCAAGAAGAGAGGUCCGCCAAAGGGCUACAUCGAAGCCUUGGAGACAAGACUCCAACGUAUGGAAUCUAUUCUUGGUGGAUUGGUGCAAUCAGGAGAUUUGCCCGAGGGAACAAUCAAUUCAAAUCUCGAAUGGAUCAAUGUCAACGAAAGUAAUUUCAAGCCUUCUAACAAUUCCCCUGAUAGAAAUAACCCCUUGAGAAAGUCAGACUCUCACGAUUCGUCCGGUCGUUCUACCUCAUCGCAAAAAACUCAUUCUUCUUCGUCCAAAAGUUUGUUGAAGUCACAUAAAGCCUCCUACGGUAAUAGUGACACCGAUGAAGAUUUAUCCACUGACAGUAACGAUUAUGGCGGUUCUCAAUAUGAUUUGAACGAUAGCAUGGGCCAACUUGCAAUCGAUGAGGGAGGUCACACUCGGUACUUAGGAAAUAGUUCUGGAAUAUUCGUGUUGAAGUAUACUAAAAAGAGUAACAAUGAUCAUGUGAUAAAUGUUCCCUGUGGAGAAUGGCAUUCUCCAUCAAAAAGAAGGAUUGACAUGACACUGGAACUUCCUCCAAAAGAGUUGUGCGAUCAAUUGCUGGAUACUUUUUGGACUCAAGUUCAUCCGUACAUGAUAUUUAUCGACAAACAAGACUUUAUGGAAAAAUAUAAUAGUCUAGAGGCAAAUUAUUCCUACAUCAUACUUCUCUAUGCUAUGUUUGCCAUUGCCGCAAAGUAUCUUGACGAUCCGGCUGUACGCGCGAACCCCGAGGUUCCUUCCACUGCAGGCGAUGAGUACUUUAAUCGGGCCAAGGAAUUGCUCAAGGACGAGUUUGAUAAUGCGACCCUGACCACUAUUCAAGCGCUUAUACUGUUGGCCGGGCAUCAACAAGGUGCAAAAAAUUCAACCAUGUGGUUGUACAUCGGCUUGGCUAUUCGUCUCGCUCAAGACAUGGGGUUGCAUCGUGAUUCGUCAAAAUGGAAUCUUGAUGAAAGGCAAUCGGAAAUUCGUAAACGGAUAUGGUGGGCUUGCUUUCUGGGGGAUCGUCUCAUCAGCGCCGCUUUGGGGAGGCCACUUGCCAUCAAUGACGCUGAUUGUGAUGUAGGUCUUCCCGUCGUCGGCAUAAUAGCUGACGAUCCGGCUCAUUCCGUCGAAGGUUUCAUCCAGUCUAUUAAAAUCAUUGCGAUUCUUGGAAAGGUACUUUCACAUAUUUAUGGCAUCAAGGCCAAGCGAACCAUAAAUGGCAACUAUGAUUCGGUGUUGGCAGAUUUGGACGCGGAAUUGAAUGAAUGGCACGAAAACCUUCCGGUCGAACUUAAAUUUGAUUCGAAAACGACCUCUUUCGUGGGUGCUGCAGAAAAGAGACGAAUGUUUAUCCAUCUCGUAUACUAUUCAAGUCAAAUUCUUUUACAUCGUCCUCACAUUCGUGGACCAAAAUCAAACGCACCACCAUCAUCCAUUCCGUCUCUCACGAUAUGUACAAUGGCUGCCAACAACAUCACCCACAUCAUAUUUCGUUCAAUGAAAGAUGGAACCUUGAAGUACACGUGGAAUUUCUCGAUCUACUCAUUCUUCACCGCCUCCACCAUGCAUAUCAUAAAUGCUCUCAGUGGCGACGAUAGAUUUAGGGAAGUUGCAAAACAAGGCCUGAGGAUGACACUGAAAUGUUUGGAGUUUUUGCGACCGUAUUGGUUCGCGACGGAGAAAGUUCAAAAUGUCUUCAAUGACUUGAUCAAAACGAGGAAUAUCAAUCUCGACGGUACCAACGGAGUACACGAUGUUAACCCGGUCGAAGAAAAAAAGUCAUCGACAAAGAAGAGAAGGUCAAUUGGCGAAGAUGAUAGCUCAAAUCGAAUACCUAAUGAGCCUGGUGCUGAGAACACAUUUGUAUACCACGAUAGUUCACCGGAAAUUCCACGUGUCACUUUUACACAAUCAAAUUCACUUCCCUCACCUCCGCCCUCUCAAACCGGAGUGACACCUUCGUCAAUCCGUGAAUACAAUGCAGCAAUGAGAAAGCAACAUAUGUUUGGCAAUUCUUCACGCAAUAGUAUCAGUCCUUUGAUGAAUUCGCCCAUAUCACCUUUGAUGAACGGUGAUCAGAUUUCUUCGCCGGAAUCAACCGUAUCCUCUUCAGGGUUCACUCAAUUUAAUGAUUUUAACCUGAAUUCGAGUUUAUUUCCCUCCAAUGCCGAUUCAUUUUCUUCGGGAUCUCACCCGUUUGGGGGGGAUGAUUCGAUGUGUGAUAGCAAUCCAUUUUUAUCGCUUCCUUCAGCCAUCGACUGGAGCGAGCUUAAUGAUUGGACGCAAUACAUGGUAAACUUGCAACCCACAAAAAUGAACGGAACUCAAAAUCAUAUUAUCACACAAAAUCUGUAA